AUGGCUAAUUUACAUUCUUCUCGCGCGGCCCGAAUGUUAGCGUUCCCUUUACUCUUCAGUUUCGCCCAAGGAGCAGCAUUGUUUCCCAGAGCAGAUCCAAAUGACUGGAAAUAUCUAGGAUGUUAUACCGACUCGGUCGGGGCCAGAACCUUGUCCAAUGUCGGCUACACUUUGGGCGGCCCAUCUAAUAUGACUGUCGAAAAUUGCGAAAACGCGUGCAUGUCCGAAGGUUAUGUAUAUGCCGGCGUCGAGUAUAGUGGUGAAUGUUGGUGCGAUAAUGAACUUCGCAACGGAGGUCCCGCCCCAGAUGGAGAAGAGAAGUGCACAAUGCCCUGCAAUGGCAAUCCUCAACAGAAUUGCGGAGGCCCUGAUCGGUUGAAUCUGUAUCAGAACACUGCCGUUUCUCCUUCGACGGGCCCAAUCACCGCUCAGCCGACAAUUACUUCUUCCCCAACGGAUGCAAUUGUAUCAACUACGCCAGUAUCAUCAUCCACCCGUGCAGUCCCAACAGCGUUGCCAACUGGUUGGGACUACGCUGGCUGUUACGUGGAUAAUACCAACGGGCGAAUCAUGGAGCGUCAACUUCCCGAUGAUCCAAAGCUCACAAUCGAAUCUUGCGUCUCUCGCUGUGCUGGUAUGGGCUACGUGGUAGCUGGAACUCAGUUCAGCAGGCAAUGCUUCUGCGAUAAUUAUGUUCGAAAGGAAGCAGCAUUAGCGGACGAUUCAAACUGUUCCAUGAGCUGCGCUGGAGACACUAGCGAAAAAUGUGGUGGUCCCAAUCGUAUGAGCGUGUACUCCAAAGGUGAUUUGACCGUGUUGCCCAACCCGGAACCGCAGACCGGUGGCCUUCCUGGAUCGUGGGAAUAUCAAGGAUGUCUUGAAGACAAUGUCAAUCAAAAACGAACUUUUCCGUAUCAAAUAAUUGAUAAAGACAACAAUAGUGCAACAAAUUGCCUCAGCCGUUGUUCAAUGUUUGGUUUUGGAGCCGGCGGAAUGACCUACGGCGAGGAAUGUUUCUGCGGUGAUGUUGCGGAUAUCGGAAAAGCUGGCGCAAAGCUAGUCCCCGAGAGUAGGUGUAGUAUGACUUGCCCUGGUAAUGAGACGGCAAUCUGUGGGGCCGGCAACUUGAUUACUUAUUAUAAAUGGACGGGUUCUCCGCUGCAGACAUGGAGCUUUCCAUCCGGUAACGCUGCUGGCCGAUAUGAGUUUCUCAUUGGCGGAGUCGUCGUUUCUCUCAUGACCACUGUUGGCAUUAAUGGUAAAAUCACGUUUCAGGAGAAAUUCGGGACAGGGGAUCCGAAUACCACCGGAGCAUACGAAUUUGACCCUGCAUUCGAGAAAGACUUCAGCAAGGCAUGGCGUCCCAUGCAUGUGAAAACAGACAUUUUCUGCUCUGGGGGCCUUGUACUUCCGGACAGAGCUGGACGUCAGCUCACUGUUGGUGGAUGGUCCGGGACUUCAACGCAUGGGGUUAGACUGUAUUGGCCGGACGGCUCCCCAGGUAAGCCCAGUGUGAAUGACUGGCAGGAGAACCCGGAUGAGCUGGCUUUGCAGGACGGCCGAUGGUAUCCAUCCGCCAUGAUAAUGGCUAACGGAUCGAUCUUAAUUGUGGGUGGCGAAGAGGGCUCCAAUGGUCCGCCAGUCCCAACACUUGAGAUCUUGCCACGGGUCGGGCCAGCUCUCUACAUGGACUGGCUUGAGCGAACUGAUCCUAAUAAUCUAUAUCCAUUUCUUACACCUCUGCCAAGUGGCGAUAUCUUUGCUGCGUACUAUAACGAGGCUAGGAUUUUGGACGAAAAGACCUUUGAUACUGUGAAGACGUUGCCAAACAUGCCAGGGGCGGUCAACAAUGAUGAAGGUGGCCGCACAUAUCCACUUGAAGGAACAAUGGUUCUUUUGCCGCAACACGCACCUUACACCGACCCUCUGGGUGUUUUGCUAUGCGGAGGCUCGACCCCAUUCGGAGGAAAUGCUAUCGAUAACUGUGUCUCCAUUCAACCAGAAGUACCGAACAGCAAAUGGGUUAUUGAACGCAUGCCUUCCAAGAGGGUCCUCACUUGUAUGGCAGGACUUCCUGACGGAACAUUCUUGAUCCUGAAUGGCGCAAAGGAGGGCGUUGCUGGUUUUGGUCUAGCCAAAGACCCCAAUCUCAACGCUGUCUUGUAUGAUCCUUCAAAGCCGGUUAAUCAGCGAAUGAGUGUCAUGGGUAACACUACAAUCGCUCGCAUGUACCAUUCCGAAGCAAUCCUGAUCCCUGACGGAAGGGUUUUGGUGUCUGGCUCAGACCCAGAAGACCCGGACUUCCCGCAGGAGUAUCGUGUGGAGGUUUUCCUCCCUCCGUAUCUCCUAUCCGGGGCUCCUCGGCCGACAUUUACCAUCCAGGACACAGAUUGGGCGUACGGUCAAAAUUAUAAGAUUGAGAUCACAUCCGGGAAUACCUCGAAACUCAGGGUAUCCUUGCUCGGCCUAGUUUCCAGCACCCACGGAAAUAGCUUUGGCUCAAGAACCAUUUUCCCUGCUGUGUCCUGCUCCGGGACCACUUGUACCAUAACCGCGCCGCCAGAUAGCCACACGUGCCCUCCGGGAUGGUUUAUGCUGUUCGUUUUGGAUGGCCCGACACCUUCGGUGGCUUCGUUCGUUCGCAUUGGCGGUGAUCCGGGCAGGCUGGGAGACUGGCCUGCCUUCCCUGACUUUGAUCUUCCUGGGGUUGACUAAAGCUGAGCACGGACGUCCUUGCGAAAGUUUGACUCGGUUGGUUGGGAGGUUCAUGAACCUUGAGCAGUUUCUCAUAUGUGAACUCACCACCAAGGCUCUUUGAUUGUCACCUCUUGGUCGCUACUAUAAUGACCUUUCUUCUAUUUUAUUCUGUAUGUAUAUAUAAGUACGAC